AUGAAUCCAUCUCCUCCUCCGACAAUCAGCGGUGUUGUCCAAAACAAAGGAUCUUCGACUGGAGCCCAAAAUCUCGAAGCAGAUAACGCCCAAAACGAACAAGAAACCUCUUCUCCUGGUGAAAAUGGUAAAAGAGAUUCGAAGCACGUUGACGAGAAGGACUCAGCAGAGAAAGAAGAUUCUGAGGAUACUCCCAGUAAUUUUCCUGCAAGAGUUGCAUUCCCUUCAAAUGAUGCUGAUGAGGAUGAUCAGGAUUCUGAUGAGAUUGAGGGGUACUUUCAGGAAGAUGAAGACAUGAAUAUGGGAGAAGAUGAUCCUGAAGGAAAUCAAACUGGAACUGGUGACGCCAACGUCGACAUGGUCCCAAAUCCAAUUAAAGUUCGACCAUCCAUCACCCAGACUUCGUCUAUAUCACUUACUGAGGAGGAGAAAAAAGCUUUAAAACAAAAUGAUCCCCUCAAGAAUAAUGUGGGAGAGAUCUUUGGCAUAAAGAAGCUGAUAAGCAAGAUUAACAUCACUGCUUGCCACACUGAUAUAAGUGAAGCCCUUAUCGACAUUCAAAACCUUAUUGACCAAGUUUGUGUUGAAUACCGUAGGGAGGUGGAUGCCAAAGAAAAGCUUCUAUCAACUGAAAAAGCUCAAGCCACUGAGUUUGACAAUGCCCUUCGAACUUCACAAGCUUCUGAGGAGUUAGCCGCUUCCAUAAAAUCAGCCCAAGCAGAAUUCGACACUUAUACUACUUUGAUACAACUCUGGGAAUCUCACGUUGCAGAAUUGCAGAAGAAGAUUUUUGAUGCUAAGGCGAAGCAGACUGCUAUCCAAGGCUUGGAUAAUACUGAAGCUGAUGAUCUGGCGAAGCAGAGCGUAGAUCACGUCGAAAAGGCUACUGCUAUGAAUGAAGACAUUGCACGCCUCAGAGGGGUUCAAGCUGUUGUUCAGUACAAGAUUGGCUUGGCGAAGAAAAAGUAUGAUCGAAUGAGGGCCACUAUUCCUUUUUGA